GUAAAGCGAUAGCUAGCCAACUAUUGGAUUUUCCAGCUGAAUAUUAUCUUUAGAAACAUAACACUAGUCCGAUAAAAUGUUGUUCCAGGAGAAUAUGACCAACUGUGUUACUUUUCAGACCAAAUUAUCAUCCGUUAUGGAUGUGUUGGCCAAAGCUGCAGUGGCAGAAAUAAGUAAAUUGUUCGAUGAUGGGUUUGCUGUGUUACGCUUGGAAAUGUGCCAUAGAGAAAAUGAAAUUGAAGCCUUGAAAAGAAAAUUAUUUAUGGAGAACGAACGGCAAGCGACGAGUUCCAAACUGCGAGAAGCAGGCAAUUCUUCCACAUGUUCUUCGUCUUCCAGAAGGACAGAGCAGGGGUCCAAGGGGUCUGAUGAGGAUGCUGGUGAAAGAACUUCAUUUGAGCAGACCGCCAGAGACAAAGUGUUCACACCUAAAGACAAACAACUGGAUCAAAAUAGACCACAGCCACCUGCAGAAUCAGUAGAGGGGCUCAAUGAACAGUACCGGUCUGUCCAGCGAGAGAAGGGUAGUGCACUAGAGUUAGUGAAGACAGAGCAUGAGGAGGAGUAUGACGUUAUUUCACUACAUACAUCGGGAAGUGAACAUGGCACAGAGCAAUCAGAUCAUCAGGAAACUGAGUUUGCCAUGGAUCGCAGAGAGAGUCAUCUGUGGGCGUCUGUAUCAGAGAUCAACUGUGACUCUGAGGGUCCAGAUUGCUCAUAUGGUACGGAACAAUAUACACAGGAUCUCAAUACAGACAUACAGUUUAUUCAAAGUGCUGUGGAGGGUCUUGAUAGCGAUCCAUCAUCAGAGAUGGGGUACAUAAACAGACUAAUGAAAGAAGAGAUGCGAGCACAGUCUGGUUGGAAUGACCAAAGAAGGACCCCUAUAGAUUUGGUUCAAGCACAACCAGGACAGCAGAGAGCGCAAACUAUGUACCCAGAGAGAAGGGAGGAUGGAACUACUACGAGAGUGCCGUCAGACAAACAAACGCGAACCAAUGAGGGUGCAGCAUAUUCCAACGUUUGGCUAAACAAUGUAUUCUCGUUUGCCCCAAAUGGUUUCAACUCAGCAAAGGUAGCCCCAAGGAGUACCCCAGCAAGAGAGAAGUGGUUUGUUUGCACCUUUUGCGGAAAGAGCUUUGACAGGGUCAGUCACUUGGAGAUGCAUCAACGGAUUCAUACAGGAGAGAAACCGUACAGCUGUGUGACAUGUGGGAGGUGUUUUGCUCAGCAGAGUAAUCUCCGCACACAUCAGCGAGUACACAGGGGCCUCAGAACAAAGCAAACGAAAAGUAAUCACAAUGACGAGACGACUAAGAACAUUCUAGAGAAACCAGCUGGGUCCCGCCCCACACAUUAUGAAACACAACCUCAUUAAUAUAAACUUUUUCUAAUGACUGAGAACAAAGUGUUCAUGAGAAGACAGUCAAGACACUCGUGCAAAAAGCCGCAGUGUGCUACUUUUGUUUUCCUAUUCUUAAAGUGAGAGCAGUGCGACCCUACCACAACUGUUACACUAGUGGUGCUAAUAUACUGUAGGGAGUUAAAGUUACAGGUUUACAUCCUCCUGCUUGUACAUUUUAAAAGGAACAGUUAUCAAGAGGUGGAUCUCCAUCGUCUUUUUAGUUUUUGUAGGACUAUGCCAGAGACAACACAUCUGGAGAGAAAAUAUCAAUGCAUACAUUUUUAUGAAUAAACAUAAAUUCUCUGAACUUUGA